GAAGGUAUUCGGUGGAAAGUUCAACUUCAAUCCACAACAGCCAAAGCCUCGAGCCAAUUUCGACACAUUCAUUCAGGCUCUACUUACAGUAUCAUUUCCAAGAUCCUUACCGGUGAGGACUGGAAUACGGUAAUGUACAAUGGUAUCGAAUCGUUCGGUGGAGUAGGCACCUUAGGAGUCAUUGUUUCAAUAUAUUACAUCGUGUUGUUUAUUUGCGGUAACUAUAUCCUCCUAAAUGUCUUCUUGGCUAUCGCCGUCGAUAAUCUGGCUGAUGCGGACAGUUUAACGAACGCUGAAAAAGAAGAAGAGCAACAAGAACUGGAUGGUGAAGAAGAAUACGAUGAAGAGGGUGAAGGAUUCGGUGAAGGUGAUGAGAGGUGA